GUAGGUGCAACUUGCACUCACAGGCCUGAAGCCACUCACUUGGAAAUGGACAAGCACGGUCGACCUCUUCUUCCUCUGCUCUCCCUCCUCCUCUGCCUCGCGCUGCUCCGCGCCAGCUCCGCCGCCUCGGUCACCGCCGGCACCCCCGACGGCACGGAGCGCUGGGGAUUCGUCGAAGUCCGGCCAAAGGCUCACCUGUUCUGGUGGUACUACAAGAGCCCCCAGAGGGUUUCGACGCCGUCCAAGCCAUGGCCGACUGUCCUCUGGCUUCAGGGAGGCCCGGGAGCGUCUGGUGUGGGUCUCGGCAAUUUCAUGGAGGUCGGGCCGCUGGACGUGAACCUGAAGCCCCGCAACUCCACGUGGUUGCAGAAGGCCGACCUCAUCUUCGUGGACAACCCGGUGGGGGUCGGCUACAGCUACGUGGAGGACGACAGCCUGCUGGUGACGACGGACUGGCAGGCGGCCACCGACGCCACCACGCUCCUCAAGGCGCUCGCCAAGGAGCUGCCCACCCUGCAGCAGGGGAGCCCCCUCUUCCUCGUCGCCGAGUCCUACGGCGGCAAGUACGCCUCCACGCUCGGCGUCUCCGUCGCGAGGGCUAUCCGCGCCGGCGACCUCAAGAUCAAGCUCGCCGGCGUUGCGCUCGGGGAUAGCUGGGUCUCGCCUUUGGAUUUCACGCUCUCCUACGCGCCGCUUCUCCUGGAGGUGUCGAGGCUGGACGACAACGCCGGCGACGCCGCCAAGAAGAAAGCGGAGACGGUGAAGGAUCAGAUCACGGCGGGGCAGCUCGCUGACUCGCAGGCGUCGUGGUCAGACCUAUUGGGUUUCAUCGACUCCAAAAGCGGCAGCGUGGACGUGUACAAUUUCAUGCUCGACUCCGGCAUGGACCCGGUGGCGGCAGCCGACCUACCGGCGACCUCGUCGCCUUCAACGUCGAGCAACGUCCAGCUGAUGAAGUACUCGACGUACCUCGGUGGCGGCCUGGGGGCCGACUCCAACACCCUCGGCGGCAUCAUGAACGGGGUCAUCAAGGAGAAGCUCAAGAUCAUCCCCAAGGACGUCCAGUGGCAUGAGCUGUCAGACCCCGUCUACAACGCGCUGGUCAACGACUUCAUGAAGCCGAGGAUCGACGAGGUUGACGAGCUGCUCUCGUACGGUGUGGAUGUCACGGUGUACAAUGGCCAGCUCGAUGUGAUCUGCUCAACGAGGGGCGCCGAAGCAUGGGUCCAGAAGCUCAAAUGGGACGGGCUGAAGAAUUUCCUGAACCUGCCGCGGCAGCCUCUCUACUGCGGAUCAUCCAAGCUCACCAAGGCCUUCGUCAGAUCCUACAAGAAUCUGCACUUCUACUGGAUCCUUGGAGCUGGCCACUUCGUGCCUGCCGACCAGCCUUGCAUUGCGCUGAGCAUGAUUGGCAGCAUAACCCAGUCUCCAGCUAGUUAGAUACUGUGACUCUGCUUGGUGAUCUAUAGAAAAAGGGUGAACAAAAAGGAGGCUUGGAGCAGAUGCUUUCUGGAUAGGACAAUGAAAUUGAUGACAAAAGUAUAGAAAGGUUGUAUACUUUAAAGAGCAAUGAAAUUGACGAUAAAAGUGCAUUGGUGUGUUAUGUGAUUAAAGCUAGUCUGUUCGAUUCUGAGAAUAAAGAUGAAACCUUUCUUAGGUAA